AUGGCCGGGAAUGCUACGAAGAAACAAGUAAAGGCAAACAGAUCUGUUCUUAACCAGCUGUACUACGUCACGGUCCCGCUGACUACUCUUGCACUGUACCGCUCGUGGCCGCACUAUAUCAGGUUCUUCCUGUACCAUGUACCAUUUGCAGUGGCCGUGUUUGUGCUGGACAAGUUUGGUAGGCCGAAAUACGACUCUGCGGGACAAUUGACUAGUGAGGGUGUCGAUCUGAGACAGAGCGGCGGUGUUGUCGAGUACUUGUUUGAUGCGGUGUACUUGACGUGGUUUGGAGAUUUGGGGAAAGUCUUGUUCAACACGGGCAAAUUUUGGCUCCUGUGGUGGGGGGUACCCAUUUACCUAGGUGUCAAACUGUUUGCAUUGAAACAAAAAUUUAUGCCCUCUAUGCCAAGGGCUGGCGGGUCUCAAAACUCAACUAACGAACAACAAACAAAGUCAAAGAGACAGUUGAAGAGGGAGAAAAGAGAAAACAAGGGGAAGAGGUAA